AUGCGGGCAGAUGGUCCCUCGCGAGUGGUGUCUUGGGACGAUGUGAGCCGUGGUACCGCAGAUGGCUCUUUGUCCUCCUGGGGGGCGAACGUCACCGACACCUGCUUGAAGAGCAAGAGCGGGAAACGGCUCUUUACUGUGCGAAGCGAAAACUGGAAUGAGCGAGUGGGCGUGGCCUGGCUUCGUGUGAUAGUGCAGGGAAUGUCGGAACGUCCGCGCUGUAGACUGCAGCUGCAUGUGAAACUGAGGUUGUCAGCUCUGAAGAUUUUCGGCUCUUUGCACUCUGUUUUGCACUCUGUGGAUUCCGUUCUCUCCUCUCUUCAGUAG